UUUCAGGUGUACAGAAUGGUCUGUGAAUGUGCAUUAGUGGCACUUGGCUGGGUUUUUCUCUUGUAUUUGCUUUAUCAUUUGGCCACAGUUCUUUAUAAUCUCAUUUAUCCGUUCUUCAUUGCAUCCCCUAUCAAUCUACACAAAGCUGCCGGUGGCGAUUGGGCAGUUGUUACCGGUAGUACCGAUGGAAUAGGAAAAGCUUAUGCUUUCGAGUUGGCAAGGCAUGGUUUCUCCAUCAUUUUGAUAUCACGUACUCAAAGCAAGCUGAAUGCAGUAAAGGAAGAACUUGAAAAAGAAUGUGGCGUCGAGGUUAGAACGAUUGCAUUUGAUUUCACAAGUGGAAGUGUUAACGAAUAUGAAAAGACGGUAUUGUCAUUGCUGAGAGAGUUGAAUAUUGGCAUAUUAGUUAACAACGUUGGUGUAAGCUUCAGUUAUCCGGAAAUUAUCUAUAAGGCGGAAGGUGGCCUUCAAAGACUUGCAGAUAUCGAUAUUGUUAAUACUCUUCCCGUAACUUUGUUAUCUGCUGCAGUAUUGCCUCAAAUGGUUGAGCGUAACAGUGGCAUUAUUGUGAACAUAUCUUCUGCUGCUGCUUACAGUCCAGUCAGCUUGCUCAGUGUUUAUUCAGCGUCAAAGAAAUAUGUCACUUGGUUUUCAAAUAUUUUACAAAAAGAAUACGCAGAAACGAAUAUAAUCAUCCAGACCGUGUGUCCUCUGCUCGUUACUACCAAAAUGUCUAAGGUUUCGCGUGCAUCAUUCUUCUUUGUAACAGCCGAAGAUUUCGUGAAAAAUGCAAUUCAGACGAUUGGAGUCGUGAGUGAAACAACGGGUUGUUUCCCCCAUCAGUUGCAAGCUGAAAUUAUAAAGAACUUGCCGGAGUGGAUUGUUGUGCCUUAUUUGAGCCAAAAAACUGAACUUGUUCGCAAGAAAGCACUUGCAAAAAAGGCACGCGAUAUGAAGGCCACUUCGUGAUUCAUUUUUAUUUCUUGUUAUGACAGCAAAUUAAUCCUUUUAUAACAUUAUCGGAUUUAUUCACUUUCUCACAGACUUGCUCGUGUGAAGCGUUUCUUCAUGAGCUCUUUGUUCAGGUACGGGAAGUGUAUCCUCCAAGUUACCUAUAAUUGUUUAAUUCUGCAAACCCUUUCAGUUACUCCUGUAAUUUUGCAACACUUUCCAAAAUAAAGAAAAACCACUCUAUUUGGAAAACAAUUUGAAAGUCAAAAAGAUUUAAAAUGUAAGUGAAGACAACAUUCAUUGAUUCAGCUUAUAUUCUUUGAUGAUCUUUUCAGUGGCAUCAUUAUAAACUCGUGGUUCAAACUGGACCCUCUUGGUCCCGAUCUUAAUUUACUUUUCCGACCCUCGUUAAUUUGGCGAAAUUUUUAUCGUAGCUUGAAAUGUUUACUUUUUCGACAAGUUAUAACAGGUUACGAUUGGAAGCACUGUACUUAUUUCCUCUUCAAGCACAUGAAGCCGACGAGAGUGCUGAAUUCUUAGAUCGAAUAACUUAUUUGAUGAAUAGAUGACAGAUGAAAUCUGUCAUGGAAUUUGUCAUUUAUCAAGCCAUCUUCUACUCAUCAGUAAGUUCAAGUGUAAAGAAAUCAUUGAGUUCCAGGAUUACAAAGGCUUGGACCAAUAAAUUCUUGUUCACGUUCGCUCUAGAGGCAGUCUUUAUAACGUUCUUUGCCUUUUCAAAAAAGAGAAGGCGGUUCACGGUUUUGUUCACAAAAAUCCAAUUGGCACGGAUGUUGCCAGAUCCACCUAUAGCCUUGAAAAUUGAUACAGAUCUCGCACCAAACAA